CGCACAUUCGAAUGUUUAUGCCGCGCCAUCGGGCAACACUGAUUCGGAUUCUUCGAGUUUGAUAUUUUGCUAACAUGUCGGCAAACGCCGAUAAAGAGAAAAAUUCUACCAAAAUGGCCGAAGAUCGCGAAGAAGAGAAAGCUACCAGCCCCACCGCCGAAGCCGAGGAAGAAGAGUCCUCCAAGGUAGAGGCAACCGCCGAUAACAAGAAGAAGAAGGCCGCCGUGGCAUCGAAAGAAGAGGACAACGGCGAAGCAAGCGACGUCGACGAUAAGGAAGCUGCUUCCGAAGAAGAUGAGAAAGAUGAAGAAAAAGAAGACAAACCGAAAUCGAAGAAGUCCUCCGACGAUGUAAAAUCCAAGAAGUCUACCGAUAAAUCUAAGAAGGACAAAGAUGAGGCCGACGGUGAUGAUAAUGGGGAGGAAGAAGAUGUAGAAGACGAGGCAGAUGAAGAGGAAGAGGAGGAAGAGGAUGAGGAAGCGGAAGAAGAGGAAGAGGCAGAGGAGAAGCCGGCGAAAGGCAAAAAAGUAGUCAAAGAAAAGCCGAAACCGGAACCUAAAGCUCCAGCUAAAAAUGGCGAGAAAAAGCCGGCUCCAUCCACUGGCAAACCCUUGGGUGCGAUCGCUCUGAUCGAUGCUAACAUCGUGAAAACAAAAAUGGAUGCGUUGCAGACAUUGCACAUGAUCGUGUACGAAAAGGAAGGCAAGGCUCCUCACAUGAAGAAAAACUUGAAAAAGUUCGAUGGUUUCAGCUUCGAAGUCGAUUCCGAAGAUUAUAAGCAACGAUUAGAGGCAGUGGAGAAGUUCGACGAGAAGAAACUAGCUCAAACAGCCGAAGUUCUUGCAUUGGAAAGCACUGGAACCAAGGAGGAACUUGCCGAAAGGAUUCUGAAGUUCCUAAUGAAGCCUGACGGAGAGGAAGAACUUCCCCAGGAAGAAGCCGAAGAUGAAGAGGUAGCCGAAGAGGAAGAGGAGGAUGUGAGCGAAGAGGAAACAAAGAAACCUUCCAAGCGAGCAGCUCCUGCCUCUGGCAGAGGUCGUGAAGCGUCCAAAUCGACAGGCGGUAGACCAAAGCGAUCUACUGCAGGUCGAGGCUAUCAAGACAAUUCCUUAUAUGUAGAUUACUCCAGUUCCGAGGAAGAAACCAAGGUUGUCAAGGCACGUCGUCGUCGCAACGAUUCCGACAGCGGAUCUGACUACAACCCAUCGGCCGGUUCUGAUUCCGAUGCCGGCAAACGGCGGUCUGGUCGCGCCCCUGUACGUGGUAGUCGGGUUUCAGCACGGAACCGGCGCCGGCAAUCCAGCGAAGAGGAGGAAUCCGAAAGCGCCAGCGAGGACGACUUCAGUGAUGACGAGCCCAAGAAAAAGAAGGCAAAGCCAACAGGUCGAGGCCGGGGACGUCCAGCGGCUGCCAAGACACCUGCCAAAGGCCGUGGUCGCAAGCGAAAGGCUGAAACCGAAAGCGAAGAAGAGGAAGAUGAGGAGGAAUCCGAGGUAGAAAGCGAGGAUAGCGAGAAGCCGCAGAAGAAAACCCCAGCCAAGGGCAAAGCAGUAGAGGAGAGUAAAGCGAAGAAUGCUUCCCCCGGGAAAGGACGAGGUCGACCGAAGCGCGACGCACCAGCGAAAAAAUCGAAGCGCAAUGAGAGCUCGGACGAAGAAGAAGAAGAGGAGCCUGAGCUGGAGGAAUCCGAAGACGAGAAGCCUUUGAAGAAGGGCAAGGAAGAAAAGGAGAGCAAGAAAGAGAAGGAGUCUAAGGAAGGCGGACCUCCGAGUGAGGACGAUAUUAAAGAAUUCCUCAAAGAAAUCCUUGAAGAGGCCAACCUGGAGGAAAUCACCAUGAAAACGGUCUGCAAGAAGGUGUACGCCAAGUAUCCCGAGCACGAUCUGUCCCAUAAGAAAGAUUUCAUUAAGGCUACCGUCAAAUCUCUUAUAUCAACGUAAGGACCCCGUCAAAAGUGAAAUUUGUGUGUUUCGAGUUUAUGCACGUUUUAAAUCAACAUCAACAACUGCAAAUAUCCAACAAGAAUUUAAAAGAUAAUGUCCCGGCAUCACGUGAUUCUUGCACGUGUAGGACAUUGAAAGGGACGUCCUAGAAUGACAGCAAACAUACAAAAAGCAUAUGAAGCAUGGUAAGGAUGGAUGAAAGCCAAUCACAAAAUGCAAUUUCUGCUGCAAGAAGGAAUUAUUGUCAAGUGUAGUCAAAUCAAAUCCCAACCGCGUAAGAUGGUCCUAAAACGGUACUCCAGUAAAUAAUCAUCCCCACUUCAGUGCAGAAGACUAGUAUUUAAGAGUCAGAGAUCGAUUUAUUGCACACCGACACAAACUGUAACCGUUUGCAUUCAGAAUACCAGCUUGGUGUCAUUUACAAAAUGUCCUGUCAAAUCUGAUGAUGCGCACUACGACAUAAGUAUGUCUCUGUCCAGGAGUACAAAAUUUUUUUUUUCUUUACCUUUGGCAUGAUUAAUAUUAUCAUUUUGACCAGUUUAUUUACUUAUAUGUGUAAAACGUAGAUUGACACAUUUUUCUUCACCGCUAGACGAUUGUACUGAAAGAUAUUUUAUUCCUUCAAGAUGAAAGUUUUUUCUUCUCUUUUGUAUUACUUAUAGAAAGAUCGGUGUACUCGAAAAACAAUUGAUUAUAUUUUUGUAAGAAUCGCGACGCUACAUAAAAUCUGUCUUAUCUAGAACCGCAAAAUAGAAUCUUUCCGAAGUAUUGGCAUUUGUCAACAAAAACAAAACUAUUAACGGUAGAAGCGAAAAACAAAACAAAAUUUUGCUGUGAAAUUUCUAGAAUCCACACUUGGAAAAAGAAACCCAAGCUACGUCGUGUUAAUGCUACAGACAGAGUUUAGUUCAUUUUUUAUAUUCGAGAGUAAUGUAAUGAAAAAAAAAACAAGCGCUAUAUAAAUUGCAGUGUUUAAAAUAAUUAUAACAACAGACGAUGAUGGUAUGAAAACAAUAUUCAGAUACAAAUAAACAAUAACUAGAUGGACCCUUA